UAAGCUUUAUGGGACUGAAGAAGAACAGAGGACAGUAGGGGAAAACAGAGAGAGAGAGAGAGAGAGAGAGGCCUCCAUUAUAUUAUAUUAGUAUAGCUCUCUCACCCAAUUCCAAUUCCCACAACUGUGCAAAAUUCAAAACCUCUCCAUUACAGAGAGAAAAUUUAUAGACGGCGACAGCUCUUGCAGCUGCAGGCAGAGAUGGAUAGGCCUAUGAGAAAGCCAUUUUUUGGGGAUUUGUUAACGUUAAGUCAGUUCCUUUAGAGAGAGAGAGAUAAAGAAGCAGAGAAAUUAAAGACGACCCAACAUAAUUUUUUCCUCUCAGAAGCGUUUUUCUCUGCAGCACUUCAAAAAGAAGAAGCUGAUUUGUAACAGAUGCCGAUGAGGGAGAGAAAGAAAUAGAGCAGAUAAUAAUCACAGACACAGUCUGUUACACAAAGCAGAAAAAAGAAAACAGGGGAAAAAUAAAACUUGUACGGUUAAUUAUGAUUGCUUGCUUAACCGUCCUGUUUUGUUAGCUUUUUUUUUCCCUCUCUCUCUCUUCCUUCUGUGCCUUGUCCUUUGAUUGAUCGGUAGAUGGGGUAGCACCACAGUUUGCCAUUCUUUCAGACUGUGAAAAACAGAGAGAGAGAGAGAGAGAGAGAGAGACUCUUUUCCUCGUUUCUCUUCUUCUUCGUUGGUUUUUCUUGUUGUUCUUCAAUCUUUGGCGUUUGAGAUUGAGACCCAUUUUUUUUAAUUUGAAUGACGCUUUACGAACAGAAUCUGGGGGAGUCUCGCAAAGGUUUGGAAGGUGAGGAUCUGUAUGAAGAACUGUGGAAGGCAUGUGCAGGGCCUCUUGUUGAAGUUCCUGUCGAUGGAGAAAGGGUUUUUUACUUCCCUCAGGGUCAUAUGGAACAAUUGGAAGAGUCCACAAAUCAGGAGCUUAAUCACCAAAUCCCUCAUUUUGAUCUUCCUCCCAAGAUCCUAUGUCGUGUUGUUAACAUUCGUUUGCUGGCUGAAAAGGAAACAGAUGAGGUCUAUGCUCAAAUCACUUUAUACCCAGAAGCUGAUCAAAGUGAGCCCCAAAGCCCUGAUCCAGAGCCACCUGAGCGUACAAGGCAAACUGUUCAUUCUUUUUGUAAGAUUUUGACUGCGUCUGAUACUAGCACUCAUGGAGGUUUCUCAGUUCUUAGAAAGCAUGCCACUGAAUGCCUUCCUCCCCUUGAUAUGAGUCAAUCCACCCCAACUCAAGAAUUAACUGCCAAGGAUCUUCAUGGGUAUGAGUGGAAAUUUAAGCAUAUUUUCAGAGGUCAACCACGGAGGCAUUUGCUAACUACCGGGUGGAGUACGUUUGUUACAUCGAAACGGCUGGUUGCUGGUGAUGCCUUUGUUUUCUUAAGGGGAGACAAUGGGGAAUUGAGGGUUGGUGUUCGACGGCAGGCUCGCCAGCAGAGUUUGAUGCCUUCCUCCGUGAUAUCUAGCCAUAGUAUGCAUCUUGGAGUUCUUGCCACCGCUUCUCAUGCUGUUCGUACGCAGACCUAUUUUGUUGUGUAUUACAAGCCAAGAACUAGCCAAUUCAUCAUCAGCUUAAACAAGUACUUGGAGACAGUUAAAAAUGGAUAUGAAGUGGGGAUGCGCUUCAAGAUGAGAUUUGAAGGAGAGGAAUCACCAGAGAGAAGAUUCACUGGAACCAUUGUUGGUAUUGGUGAUAUGUCUUCGCAAUGGUUGGAUUCGAAAUGGCGAUCGCUAAAGAUUCAAUGGGACGAACCUGCUACGAUUCAGAGGCCCGAACGAGUUUCUCCAUGGGAGAUUGAACCCUUUGUACCUUCUGCCUCCUUAAACUUCACUCAUCCUGCCAUAAAGAGUAAAAGGGCCCGUCCUGUCGAGAUUCCUCCUCCUGAAAUUACUUCCAGUUCAGCUCCUUCGGGCUUUUGGCUUCAAGGAUCAACGAUUCCUCACGAAAUACCCCAACUAAGUGGUACGAAUGAAGUCCAAAGCAGUAAUAACCGAGUUGUCCGGGCUCUCGGACAGCAAAAACUUGAUAGCGAUAGCAGCCACUGUAAUCCAGUAGCAAAUGUGGAAGGCAUUUGGCCUUGUCCUCCACUCAAUAUUUCCCUGAAGCUUUACCCAGAUUCAACAUUUGAAAGAGAACUUGUUCAGAAACAGCCACUACCCUCUCCUUAUUCUUCAUCUGUCACUUCGAAGCCUAGUAGUGAGCUCAUACAGCAUGAUCAAUUGGAGAAAGGGAAUAAACCCGACAUGUCUCUCGGUUGCCGAAUAUUUGGAAUCGAUUUGAAAAAUAACUCAAGCAUUAUCUCUUCCUUGGAAAGAUCAAAACCACGUUGCCCAAUGAUGGUGGCCGAUGAUGCCAAAGAUCCAGUAGCUGCAGCUGCUGUGAUGCCUCAAGUCGACGCUGGAAACCUCUCACAGCCUUCAAAGGAGCAGCUGCAAGCGUCAUCAGAGCUGUUGACGAAGGGAAUACAGACAAAACACGUUCCCAAUCUCUCAUCGAGAACACGUACAAAGGUACAAAUGCAAGGAGUUGCUGUAGGUCGAGCGGUCAACUUGACUACACUUGAAGGUUACGAAGGUUUGAUAGACGAGCUGGAGAAUGUGUUUGAAAUAAAAGGAGAACUUCGUGAAAUAAACAAAUGGUCUGUCGUUUUCACAGAUGACGAAAACGACAUGAUGCUCGUGGGGGAUGAUCCAUGGCCAGAGUUCUGUAAGAUGGUGAAGAGGAUCUUUAUAUAUUCAAGUGAAGAAGUGAAGAAGAUGAGUAGGGAAAGCAAGAUUGUUUCCCCAUCAUCCUUUGAUAGCUUGGAUUCAGAGCGCAAGACUGAAUCCUAAUAUUGUUUUGCGGGAGUUUUCUCUUGUUAAUUUUGGGUAGUUUAGCAGUAAUAGUAAUCAGCAAUAGUGUGAAGCUGGCAAGUGGUUUUGCUUGGUGCUUUUUUCUUCUUUUUAAUAGUUUAUAGAAUAUGCUUUAUGUAAGCCAAGCAGAAGUGCUUCUUUUGUAGGGGAGAGGCCUUAAAAGUGCUUCUUACUGCAGUUUCUAACAAUCACUCAUCUUAAUUAGUAAGUUCA